AUGGAUGGAGCUCUCCUCACCUCCUUCAGAUCCUUUCAGCUAGAAAGCCAGGUGGAGCUAAGGGAGCAUCUGGACAAUUUGGCCACGGAGUUGUGCAGGAUUAACGAGAACCAGAAGGUGGCGCUGGACCUGGACCCGUACGUGAAGAAGCUGCUGAAUGCCAGAAGAAGAGUGGUGCUCGUGAACAACAUCCUGCAGAACGCUCAGGAACGCCUCCGACGACUCAACCACAACGUGGCCAAAGAGACGGCUCGGAGGAAGACCAUGCUGGAAGCAUCAGGAGUGUUCGCCUCUCGCUCCCCCAGUAAACCCUGA